UCCCAGCUCUCCAAAUCUUGCAGCACUUGUUGUGUCUUGUCGUCACUUUGGAGACAGAUACGCGUUUACGGAAGACACUGGAUUUAUUUUUAAUACAUUAGAGAUUUGCAGCAUUUAACAGUACUUUCUCUCAUAUAGGCUGUAUACCAAAAGAUUACUUUUUUGAAAUACAUUUGAGUGUUGUCGCCUGCGCAUAGCCGUCGGACCGGCCUAUUCGGCAUUGUUUUUUGGGGCGACCGUUAUCCAGCAACAGAGCCAGACAUGAAGAGAAAGGUAACUUAUUCCACGAGCCUAUUUAGACCAACCGGAGAUAAAUAGAGGAAACAUUCGUAAUUAGAAACAGUUACGUAAUCAGGUAAAGGUGGACCGUCACGGAUACGUCUGGUAUCCAACAACAAGUCAACCUUCAGCCUGUCAUAAUUUUAUUUUUGUGAUUUUAUACGGAGAAAAUUACCGUCCGUGUUCAUGCCAGAUCUGCAGCGCUUUAGUUUUCCAUACCAUAGCAUGAAUCCUUUGUUAGGGGCGAACUCGCUUCUCCAACAUCAACAGCAGCAGAACCAAGGAGGACCGAGUCAUCCGGAUUCCCCCUCAGGCCUACUGCCCGAAGCCGUCUUCUGCUCGCCCGACCCGACAUCUUUCUUCCUGGGCGACCAUUCCGGACUGGGUACGGAGACUCUGCCAGGGUUCGAUUUCACCACACCCUCACAAGCUUACCUGCAUCUGAACCAUAAUAACCACUCUUAUCACCGGUCUGUGCCCCAACCUCCUGCAGCGAUGGCCCUGAGGAACGACCUGGGCUCCAAUAUCAGUGUCCUAAAGACUCUGAACUUACGGUUCCGAUGCUUUCUGGCCAAAGUGCAUGAACUUGAGCGAAGGAAUAAGAUUUUGGAGAAACAACUACAACAGGCGUUGGAUGCGAAGAACAGCUGUGAUGGAAGUUGUUCUGAAAGCGCUAGACGGGCCCAUACCCAAGAAACGGGUGUACAGACCGGGUUUGUGGGAACUAUCCCGCUCAGGCCCGGGUCACUCCCGUUCCAAAACACCAACAACUCCGCGAGACGACCCACUACCCUCUUCACACCUGCCAUCAACACUGUCCUCACGCUUGAGUCCAACAACAAAGCUGGAACAAACCCCACCGAACCGAAUCAGAAUCCGACCAUCACGGUAAGCCUAUCAACCCCGACAAUCGACUCUCCAGCCGGGUCCAAUUCAAUCACCAACGGGAAAACGGUUUUCAGUACUGGCACUGGAACCCCCACCAACCCGCCUCCCCGGUUCCUCCCCGGUACUAUCUGGUCCUACAACCAUACCCGCAAGCUCGCUUCUGGCGUGGAGACGCGCGUCACCAGCCCGGGUGUGUCCUGGGUCCAGCCGGACGGGGUCGGGGUCCAGAUUGAUACCAUUACCCCGGAGAUCAGAGCCCUGUACAACGUCCUGGCCAAAGUCAAGAGGGAGAGAGACGAGUACAAACUCAGGUGGGAGGAGGAGUACACUGUCAGAGUGGACAUGCAGCAGAAGAUGGAAGACCUACAGGAGGUAACACUGUGUGACCUCCAGGAGAGUGAGGGCUGUCAGGAUGAGUUGGCUGUCAGAGUGCAGCAGCUGAAGGCUGAACUGGUGCUCUUCAAAGGCCUCAUGAGCAACAACAUGUCUGAUCUGGACAGUAAGAUCCAAGAGAAGGCCAUGAAGGUGGACAUGGACAUCUGUAGACGCAUCGACAUCACGGCUCGCCUGUGUGACGUGGCCCAGCAGAGGAACUGUGAGGAUGUCAUCCAGAUGUAUCAGGUCUCUAACACCCAGUCUGCCAUCAACUGUCGCCCUCGGAAACAGACCCCGCUGUCCGUCAACAGUAGUGAGGGUGAUGAGACUAUCAGCACUUCGGAGAGCGAUGGGGGCCUGCCCAGAGAGGAGGAGCUCUGUGGCUCGUCAGCCAAUCAGAUCAAUGAGGAAAUGCAAAGGAUGCUCAACCAGCUGCGGGAGUGUGAGUUUGAAGAUGACUGUGACAGCUUGGCCUGGGAGGAGACAGAGGAGACUCUGCUGCUGUGGGAGGACUUCCCAGGAUGCACUCUGGCUCCAGAGACCACCCACCAGCCAGGAGAGCAGGAAGACCAGUGUCUGGAGAAGGUGAUUAACGACACUGAGGACUUAUUCAAAUCCAGGGAGAAAGAAUACCAAGAGACCAUCGAUCAGAUUGAGUAUGACUUGGCUACAGCUAAGAGUGAUAUGAACCGUCACCUACAUGAAUACAUGGAGAUGUGUUCUAUGAAGAGAGGCCUGGAUGUACAGAUGGAGACCUGCAGGAGACUCAUCACCCAGAGUGGGGACAGUAAGCCUGGCUCUCCUGUGGCUGUGGCUGGUGAGGAGAGCGUUGACCAGGCAGAGAAGGAAGGGACAACAGCAUCACCUCCUCUCUCCAACUCUCCUCCCAGAUCAUGACCUAUCAAGACCACCUCCAUCACAUGACCUUCAUUCCAUCCAACCACAGUACCACUCACUCAACACUCCGCUAUCACUAUAGCAACGCCAUGUUUACAUUCUAACCACUAGAUGCUUAUUAGUCUAUUUUUAAUAUUCUUCAUGCUAUCUUCAUUCACAAACCUCAAAAUAGGAAAGUGGCAGAUCUAUCUGUUUUAGCGACGGUGUAGUGUUGUGUGUUUCCAACAGCUUUUAGUCCCCUCUACUGGAAAGUGGUAUUACUAACACCAUGGAAGUCUGUACAUAACAUUUAAGUCAUUUAGCAGACGCUCUUAUCCAGAGCGACUUACAAAUUGGUGCAUUCACCUUAUGAUAUCCAGUGGAACAACCACUUUACAAUAGUGCAUCUAACUCUUUUAAGGGGGGGGGGGUUAGAAGGAUUACUUUAUCCUAUCCUAGGUAUUCCUUAAAGAGGUGGGGUUUCAGGUGUCUCCGGAAGGUGGUGAUUGACUCCGCUGACCUGGCGUCGUGAGGGAGUUUGUUCCACCAUUGGGGUGCCAGAGCAGCGAACAGUUUUGACUGGGCUGAGCGGGAACUGUACUUCCUCAGAGGUAGGGAGGCGAGCAGGCCAGAGGUGGAUGAACGUAAGAAUCCACUGUUUAGCAGAGCAAAGGUAACGAGGUAAUGGAUUGAAAUACACAACUUGAAUUGAGAAUACCUCAUAGCAACGUAUGAGCAAUAUUUGAAUGAACUCAUAUGAGUUGUAGGCUAGCGUGUACUUUUAAGGUAGUUGUUGGUACUACAGAGAACCAUGGUAAUAACUCUCCUAUAGCCUGAUCCAUUUCCACACAGCCAUAAUGAUAAACACACCGCACACACACACCAACACACACCAAUACAUUCAUGUCAGGCUAGCAGAUCAUUCUAACAGUGUGCUGUCCUGUUGCUACAUCAUGAGGGUUGUUUUCAGACUCAGUCAAACUCACCUAGAAGUAUAACACAGUAAAUAUAAGCCUUAGGGUGUGUUUGUAAAUUCACUCUGGAGUGCCAGAGUGCGCUCUGGGCGUUCGUAAAUUCAAAGCGUUGUCAGAUUGUCCGUUCGUAAAUGUGUUCAGAGUGUUUCACUCUCGGAGCGUUCAGAGCGCACGAGGAGUAGGGUUGAUCAGAGUGUUCUGACCUCACAACCGCAGUCAAGCACCCAAGCUAACUGGCUAACGUUAGCAAGCUUGCUAGCUACUUCCAGACAAAAAUGAGAGCACCUCACUUUGACCAUUUUACUCACCCUAGCAGAGCUGGUUUGGCUGUUUACAUGUUAUCCAGAGCGCUGGUGACUAACUGUGAUGCUGGCAACAAUUUAAUUAAGCUUUUUGACGAUGUUUACUGACACCGGCCCUAUUCAACGGGUGUUAAGCACUAGUAAAGUCAUCAGUUAUUCUGCGCUCUGUUACACUCAGAUGAGAGUGCUUUGAAAUCGGAGUAGAUAGCCAGAGAACAUUUACGAACGCACCCUUAAAUAAAGCAAAGCCCAGUUGGCAAGAGAGAAAAACUCCAGAUGUAUCACUUUAUUAGCAACAAAACAGAAAUGUACUGUAUCAGAGUUAUUCAAACAGACUAAAAUAAUAUCAAAUCACUCAUUUUAUCAAGACAUCUACACUUCAUUCAUAGGUAUCGAUGAAAACUAGAAAAAGUCCAAUUGUAAACUAAACUCUAAGAUGCAGUCUCUCCGAUGGCGUCACUGAUAUCUUGAUUCUGCACUCAUGAGUCACAUUUUGAAACAAAAGCUUGCCUGUCUCUCUGCCCUUUUGUUGACACCAGACAGGAAGUCAAGGUAACAUUAUUUUACUGUCCUGUUUCACUUACCUGGUAUUUACUAAGGAAUUAUUGGAUAACAUUGUGUAACAUUGUAUUCUUUCUUCAACACAACUGGUAACUAACUACCUGGUACUAAAUGUUACAUAGUGGUGCUUGUUUCACUGAAUCCCAAAGAACCCCAAAGUAGUUUUAUUGUAAUUAUAAUGUAAUACCAUUUUACUGUGUUGAGUAAAGUAAAUAGGAGACUGUAACCAGAGUCAACAAGAGGAGUGGGGGGGGUGGCGAGAGCAGAGAUUUUUGUUUUAGAAUGCAGCCGUAGCCUAGGGGUUUCCACUAGAUAACACAGCCACAAAGUUCACAUUGGCUAUAUUGUAAAAUGUCAUUAAAAUAAAAAUGUGCUUUUUGGUCUUAAUUUAAGGUUAGGGUUAGGCAGAAGGUUAACAGUGUGGUUAAGUUUAGGGUCAGAUUUUAAGACGAUAAAUUGUAGAAAUAGGCAGGGUUUAUGACUUUGUGGUUUGUGUGUAAACUAGUGAUGACCAUAGCCUAGCCUGGUUCCAGAUCUGUAUAUGUGCUUUAGUCAACUCCUCUAACUAUCGUUGUCAUGCCAUAUGCUUUUCUAUGUGACUCCAGAGAGGUCAUCUCCGCCACUGAUCCACUUUUUUAUCAGGUACUUUGACAUUUGGCAUGGCAACUAUGGUGAGAGAAGUUCGCUAGAGCACAUACUGAUCUGGUACCAGGCUAGUCAUAGGCUCUGUGUCGGCCCUAUAUGUGGUAGUGCAGUGUGAAUAAUGUAAAUAAUCUGUUAAAGCUGAUCUGAGGUCAGCUCUGGGGCCUUGCCCUGCUCUCUGUGUCUCUGUCAUGGACACAGGGAGUGGGAUACAUAUGACAAAGGGCAUUGACACGCAAGUGUUAUUAUACCUACGAGCUGUCUAAUGUAUACUAAUGUUUUGUAUAGUUUCCAGCAGCAGAGAAAGGCCCUGCUACUCUGUCCUCUAGCAGGGAGAUAGGUAGGCUAGCUAUGAUAAGUUAGGUAGGAGAGAUCUAUGUAUCUGUUCUGUGCUCUCUAUUUCUAUGUGCUGUAGUCUGAUCUGGUUGGUAAGGACUCAAAUGCAUCAGUAGUAUUGUAUCAGAGAGAAAAAGAAGAUUGAUGAACAGGCUAUGAAAGACAGAAUGUCUACAGAUGAACAAAUAGACAGACCGACAGAUGAAUGUACGGUACAGAUAGAUGGACAGAUUAAUGAAUCGAUGGAUGGAUUGAUGACCUGCUGAGAUAAUUUGUGUUUGCUACUUGAGUGUCAAAGCAACUGAAAACAAGCAGUCUGAAUUAACUUUGAGAAAUAUUGCUGAAACAUUGUUAUAGAAGUACUAAAUACUGAUGCUGAAAAGCUAUCUGACACAGUGCUUGAUAUGACCUAACCUAUUUUUGAGCUUGAAAGUUAGCCGUUUAUAAAGAAAGAGCAAAGCAAAUAUGUAUAUUCAAUAAUACAGCAGUAACAGCAAUAAUAAGAGUAUUAUAUGUAACAGAAUAAUAAUAAUGACAUGUAAAGAUGUAAGAUCUUAAUUUGAUCACCUUUGUUGCUGAGAAUUUUCCUGUUCUAAAAGGGCUUCUAAAGUUUGUAAUUUCCACUUUGAAAUUUCAGACUUGAUUUUCCCUAAUGAAAAAUGCAUCAACCCAUACAAAAAUGGCCAUUAAUUAUAAUCCACAUAAUAAAUCACAUUUCCUGUUGCUGCAUAAUUUUGUCCUGGCUCAAAUUAAGAUUCUACAUCUGUAAUAAGUCAAACUCGUACACGUCACGAAUGUAAAUAAUUACUGAGGAAAACGUAUUUUAUUUUCUCCACUUGUCACUUCAUAUUUGUAGAUGGGGUGAAAUCGUUACAGCUGAGGAGUAGAUUUCCCCUAUGUUAUUUCAACAUAUGUAGAUGUACAAUACAUUUUUGUUCGUCUUCGUUGACAUUGAAAGAUGCUUGACUUUGAAUAUAAAACACUCUCUUACCUCAGAUAAACAAUAUUUAAUAACUGAAUAAUAGAACACAAGGAUUCCUUCACAAAUACUAUCUCUUCAUCAACAACCAAAUGGAGGCUUCAGUUUUGGGUAGAGUUCAUUUGUGUUUUUCUUUUUCUUGUUUGAUGAGGAAGUUGUUGAAACAUGUGCAGGCUGCUGGUCACACCUCAAUAUUUUAAUAUUCUAGAAGUGUUUCCAAGGCUUUCUCUGAACGAUUAUAUAGGUUGUGAAGAACAGGUUUUGAAACCAUGAAAAAAUUAUAUGCAUGUGUUAAGCUACAGUUGAAGUUGGAAGUUUACAUACACUUAGGUUGGAGUCAUUAAAACUCGUUUUUCAACCACUCCACAAAUUUCUUGUUAACAAACUAUAGUUUUGGCAAGUCGGUUAGGAUAUCUACUUUGUGCAUGAUACAAGUUAUUUUUCCAACAAUUGUUUACAGACAUAUUAUUUCACUUAUAAUUCACUGUAUCACAAUUCCAGUGGGUCAGAAGUUUACAUACACUAAAUUGACUGUGCCUUUAAACAGCUUGGAAAAUUCCAGAAAAUGAUGUCAUGGCUUUAGAAGCUUCUGAUAGGCUAAUUGUUAUCAUUUGAGUCAAUUGGAGGUUUACCUGUGGAUGUAUUUCAAGGCCUACCUUCAAACGCAGUGCCUCUUUGCUUGACAUCAUGGGAAAAUCAAAAGAAAUCAGCCAAGGCCUCAGAAAAAAAAUUGUAGACCUCCACAAGGUACCACGUUCAUCUGUACAAACAAUAGUACGCAAGUAUAAACAUCAUGGGACCAUGCAGCCGUCAUACCGCUCAGGAAGGAGACGUGUUCUGUCUCCUAGAGAUGAACGUACUUUGGUGCAAAAAGUGCAAAUCAAUCCCAGAGCAACAGCAAAGGACCUUGUGAAGAUGCUGGAGGAAACAGGUACAAAAGUAUCUAUAUCCACUGUAAAACGAGUCCUAAAUCGACAUAACCUGAAAGACCGCUCAGCAAGGAAGAAGCCACUGCUCCAAAACCAUCAAUAAAAAGCCAGACUACGGUUUGCAACUGCACAUGGGGACAAAGAUCGUACUUUUUGUAGAAAUGUCCUCUGGUCUGAUGAAACAAAAAUAGAACUGUUUGGCCAUAAUGACCAUCUUUAUGUUUGGAGGAAAAAGGGGGAGGUUUGCAAGCCAAAGAACACCAUCCCAACCGUGAAGCACGGGGGUGGCAGCAUCAUGUUGUGGGGGUGCUUUGCUGCAGGAGGGACUGGUGCACUUCACAAAAUAGAUGGCUUCACAAAAUAGAUGGCAUCAUGAGGAAGGGAAAUGUUGCUUCAAUAUAUCCACAUCAUCUCAAGACAUCAGCCAGGAAGUUAGCUUGGUCGCAAAUGGGUCUUCCAAAUGGACAAUGACCCCAAGCAUACUUCCAAAGUUGUGGCACAAUGGCUUAAGGACAACAAUGCCAAGGUUAUUGGAGUGGCCAUCACAAAGCCCUGACCUCAAUCCUAUAGAACAUUUGUGGGCAGAACUGAAAAAGUGUGUGCGAGCAAGGAGGCCUAUGAACCUGACUGUUACACCAGCUCUGUCAGGAGGAAUGGGCCAAAAUUCACCCAACUUAUUGUGGGAAGCUUGUGGAAGGCUACCCGAAACGUUUGACCCAAGUUCAACAAUUUAAAGGCAAUGCUACCGAAUACUAAAUGAGUGUAUGUAAACUUCUGACCCACUGGGAAUGUGAUGAAAUAAAUAAAAGUUGAAAUAAAUCAUUCUCUCUUCUGUUAUUCUGACAUUUCACAUUCUUAAAAUAAAGUGGUGAUUCUAACUGACCUAAGACAGGGAAUUUCAGAAUGUCAGGAAUUGUGAAAAACAGUUUAAAUGUAUUUGGCUAAGGUGUAUGUAAACUUCCGACUUCAACUAUAUGUAUUGGUAAUGCCAUUCCUUGGGCUAGGAGUUUCUCCUGAUCACAUGACCUAGGUCCUAGACUAGAGGUAUUCAACUAUUAUCCUACGAGGUCCGGAUCCUGCUGGUUUUCUUUUCUACCCGAUUUACUAAUUGCACCCACCUGGUGUCCCAGGUCUAAAUCAGUCCCUGAUUAGAAAGGAACAAUGAAAAAAAUGCAAUGGAGCUGGCUUUGAGGUCCAGAGUUGACUUUGAGGGUCCUAUGCUAUAAGGCUUGAACUAGGUUUUUUUUCUGCUCGGGUCAUAUGGCCAGUAAAACUCCUGGCCCUAGCGUUCCUGCCCUUUGGCCAGAACUGGAGAUUAAAAUGGAGAAUAGAAGGCAGCGGAGAAAUAGUGUGAGAAUAUGUACUCUCUUUUUUCUUUCUACAUGCACAGAGAGACUGAGUCUCUGCAGUAUGUAUGCAUGAGUCAGCGUGUAUGUUAGGAGAGUGUUCUAAUGUCCUUGGUUUUAAAAAAUAGUGUUUUACUGGUUCACUUACAACAUGAAGAAUACAAUAGUCACAAAUGCACACUGUCUUCCGGUGUCUGUCUGACAAUAGACCAAUUCAUAUCCUCUUUACAACUGAACUGAAGGCUAACGGUAUAACUGAAUCAUUGUAAACUAGAGUGGUAGGGACCAUACAGCGAUGUGUAUUGCUGACUGGAUUCCCAUCUCUACAAAUGUCUAUAAAUCGCCUUGAAAUACUGUAUAUGUGUAAAUCAAUGAUGUACAAUAAUCGCUCUAAUAUUCCUUCAAGAAUUCACUUUCUUCAUGAGUGUAUGUGAUUACAAAGUAAAUUCUUUUUAGAAAUGGCACCAAAGUGUAAAAAAUAAUAAAUAAAAAUAACUACUCACAUGCAAAUGCUUUAACAUAAUGAGGGUAUGAUUGCUAUGAUAUUGUAUGCAUUAAAGGAAAACGCUAUGUUGGAUAUAUUGUAUGUUUAAACACUGGCAAUGCAAGGAGGUCCACAGUCAAAAAUACUUUAGUGUCAGUUUCCCGGAUUUGGCACAUAGCUGAACUUUUCAUGUAGAUUGAGAUAUUUGUUUGGUCCUUAAUGUUUCUCGUAGACCAGGAGCCAAUGCUCUUGCUCUGUGAGGACCAGUGUAUUCUCUGGUCCAUAUAUUUUACCAUCAACUAAUUCCAUCUGGCCUUGGUAAGCUAGCAUGCAGGUGAAUAGACUGAGUUGUCAAUGAGAAGACUGUUAGGAAUCACCAGAGCCUCAUUUACUAAGCAUCUGCACCAGUGCCAUGUUUAAACCUGCUCUGUUCAAAAGGGAAUGAGUCAUUGAACAAAAGGUCAAGGGAGAAGUAAAGUCCGUUUUCUGUUUCUAGCUUUGUAUUUCAUCUUAUAAUUCCCUCCGAAAAGAGCAAGUGUAAACAUUGCGCUGCUUGGUAAAUCAGGCCUUGGUCUUUGUUUUGGUGAGCUGUGAGUUAUUUGAAACUGGACAGGCCCCUUGAACAUGUGUGCUUCAACGCAGAGGUCUGUAUACUGACAGAGCGAUGGAAUGAAGAAUAAAAGAUACAGCUGAGCAAUA